AAAAAAACCUAUAAAUUCUCCUACUCUUAAACAUUUUUUCAUAUCUCUUCUCCAAUUCUUCCUAAAUCCUAUUCUUAACUCUCUACUCUCUAAUUCUCUUAUUCUCCAAUAUAUUAUAUAUCUACUCUCUAAUUCUCUUCUCCAAGAAGUUAAGAUGGAAAAUCAAAAUGCCAUUAUACGGUAUAAUUUUGAUAAGCAGAAGGACCCGAAGACCGGGAUGUGGUACGCAAUUUGUAAAUGGUGCGAAAAAAAAUGUAUUAUGGGGGCUUCAGGCGGAUUCGGGAUGGCAAUCAAGCAUAUGAAGUCAUGUGACAAAGCCAAAGGAUCGGGAGGGAGAAAGUGUUAUUAUAUAACAUCGAGAAGGAAAAGCGGUAUUAUAUGAAUCACAUUCCAAAUUGGGAGAGAAUUAAUGAGGCACACCAACAUUGAUGUUUGUAAGGGCGACACCUAGCAAUGAAUGAAUGAUAAGAAACAGA